AUGAUGAUGGAUAAAAAUAGUAAUUCAGAAUUUGAAAAGAAUUCAACAACAACACUACCGCAACAACAACAACCACCUGGAUUACCACUAUCACCUUGUUUGGCAACUAUGACCACAAAGACAACCACUACAACCACAACAACAACCAUCACAGAGCACAAUUUUCUAGUUCCAGAACUGCUUGUUAUUUCACCGAGAUUGGAAACUCCACUCAACACCACCACAACCAUGUCUUCCUCUUUCACACAACCAAUUAUUCUGGUGCCAGAACAAGAUUCAAACAGCAAUAAUAAUACUUCAUCAUCACCACCUAACAACAAUACAAUUGAUCAAAUUUCAAAUAAUAUUUGUAGUACCAACAACACUUCUUCUUCCGAUUAUAUUAUGGAUGAUUUAAAUAAAUCACAACCACAACAAGUUCAACAACCAUCCAAUUCAACACCAACACCACAACCACAACAAUCACAAACACAGCCACAACAAUCAUCAUCUGCAGCUAUGGACAGUCCAGUUAUUUUCAAGACAACUAGUAGUACGUCUACUACAACAACAUCACACACUGUAACAACACCGGCACUUGAGAAUAGAGCAGUCUCUACUUCACCACCAUCCACACCAAUGUUGGACGACUGCCAAAUCGAGCUUGGUGCAAGAAAUAAUACCGGACUAUCAAAGUCACCACCACUUCAAUCUAGUUCCAAUAGUACAAAUAUGGAAAAUGACAAACUAUCACCUGAAUUCAUUAAUGCAGCCUCAAUAUCAAAACAAGAUCAAACUUUACUCAAUAAUAUCAACAAUAACAAUAACAACAACAAUGGUAAUAACGUUGGAAAUUCAACGGUUCCCAACUCACCAACAACUCCACAGAUUCAAAUACAAUUGGCACCAUCAUCACCAUUGUCUACUUCAUCAUCAUCAAAUUCAAAUGGUAAUGGCAGUGGUAGUGGACGUAAAUCACAUCGUAGUACAUCUGUCCCUCUGAUACGUAAUCGAAUUCAACGACCAAUUCGUCAGAAAUCACCUUCUUCAAUGGGAGAACGUCCUCUUCUUCACGCUGUACUCGUCCAAGAGGAAAUUAAAACAUUGAUCAAUCAGGAGGAUAUCAACAUGCGCGAUUCCAAUGGAAACAGUAUUCUUCAUCGUGUUUCAAUCAUUGGAUCGAUGCUGGCCAUCAGACAUAUGGUGUUGCGUGGCGCGCGUGUCAACUCGACCAACAACUCUGGCAUGACACCGCUUCACUAUGCUGCGUGUGCCAAUCCACAAAGUGUUGAAGUCUUGCUGUACUACGGUUCACUGCCCAACUCUAAGGACAACAAUCGCGAGACCCCACUGUUCUACGCGGUCGACAGAGGUCAAUUCUCAAUUGUAUCACUACUGCUUUCGCGUGGCGCAAAAGUCACCACCGUAAACAAAGCAAUGUCGAGAAACUCAAUUCAUGUCGCUGCACUCAAAGGUUAUUCAAACAUCCUGAGACUGCUACUGGACUACAAGAGCAAUAUAAAUGCACCUGAUGUAAAUGGAUCCACUCCUUUCCAUCUCUGUGUCUAUCACAGUCCACCAGCGCAGAAUCUUAUGAAUCCAAUCAACUAUCAAUCGGUUAAUAACAUCGAUGCUUACAUGUCUUGUUGUGAACUACUUCUUCAAAGAGGAGCAACUCUCACUCUUCAAGACACUCAAGGAUACACCCCAAUUCACAUUGCAAGCAGACAGGGUAAAAAGAACAUCAUAGACGUCAUCCUAUUCUAUUGUAAACAACAAAAGAACAAACUACCACAAUCCAUCCUCUCAAGCAUACCAAAUGCAUCCAAAUUCAAAAAAGAAUUGAAAUCUGAAAUAGUAUUAUAUAUUGAUGAUAUGGGUAUGACACCGUUGUGUUUGGCUUCGAUGUUUGGACAUUUCGACUGUGUUGAGUAUCUCUAUAAUUUGGAUCCCAAGUUAAAUCAACAAUGUAGAUUCUACACGUCGUCUUCGAUCGAUUGUUCAAAGACACCGAUCGAUCCACUCGGUAACGAUUUCAGAUUCGCUCUGGAUGGCGACUACUGUGACUUGGUGUUUAUUAUCGAUGGACGUGAUAUAUUUGCACACUCCAUAAUGCUUCGUCAGUACAAAUUCUUCAGGGACAUGAUUUCCAGUUGCAAGUCGUUGGCGUCGUUGCAUCCACACUCACUGAACAACGCUACCGGCCACGGAAGUCAUCAACAGCUGCACUCGCAUCAAUAUGGCGGAAUCUAUGGUAGUCAAUACAGCUAUAACAAUAGCUAUAUCUCGAGAUCACACGAUGAUUCUUCGAUCCACUAUCACAGCUCAUCGAUAAUGGACGGUGGAUACUACGAUGUCGGCGAUGACAGCAACUACUACAAUCAUUCAUCGUCCAACUCGAUGGAUUACAUCAGUGCAAACAUCUCUGUUGGCAAUGGCGUUGCAACGAGCCGUGCUAGAACUCGUUCCAGAAUGAACAGUGUCGUCAAUCCAGGCACACUGACACGCAUUCCAGUGGAGAAAGGCAUUAGCUACGAGAUUUUCAGAGCGAUUCUCCAGUUUGCCUAUACCUCUGAAAUUCCAAGAGAGAUUAUCAACACCACCGGUAAGCUCUCGGAGCUGUUGGAUUUCGCUAAUCAAUUCGAUAUCGAGUCACUCAGUAAUCUCUGUGUCGACACACUCUCACAACACUCCACCGGCAGAAUGGGUACACUGGAAAUGUCCAAGUAUCUACUGAAACAAAUCAAUUCGAAACAUAGUGCAGAUGUCACAAUUAUCUAUGACGGUGGACAGGUUGUGCUGGCACACAGUGUCAUUCUCGCCAAUCGUUCGACAUUCUUCAAACUUCACUUUGAAUCGUAUCCGGUGUUGUCGAGAUCGGCAAUUCAACUGUUCCCCAACAAUGUUAACAAUAUCUCUAGUUCCAUGAGUUCAUCCUAUGGAAACUCGUCACUUUCCAACAUUGCCGGCACCUCCACACCUCAUCGUAAGCUGUCGUGUCCGUCGUCACCGGCAUUGAGCGAUAUUCCAACGAUGGGUUGGGUCAUUGACAUUGGCGAAGCUUCACAGAAAGCAGUGUUUGUCAUGCUCGAAUAUCUGUAUGCCGGCUGCAUUCCCUCUGGAAAUUCAUUGAUGCAACCAUCGCUCUAUCCGCUACUCAAUCAGAAGCUGCCGUCGACUGCCUCCGAGAUGGAUGUAAUCGACAUGCUCUUACUCUCAAAGCUGGCAUAUGCCCUGAAUCUCCCGGUGCUCCAACAGUACAGCACUGUCUUACUGUACAGUGCGCUGGAUCCAUUGAAGCUGGUAACCAUUAUCAAGACGAUAUUCUCAUUCGAUGGCAAUGUUGGUUGGGGUAGAACAUCUUCGUUGGAAUUGAUGUGGGGAGUAUGUUUGGAGUGGCUCACCAAGAAAUGCAAUUGGGAGGAAGUCAAUCGUUGUGAAGCAUUCAUUUCACUCGGUCUCAAAUUCAUCAAGGACGUAAAGAAGGAGAGAAAAGAUAAAAAGAGAAAACAAAAGAUGAAUGAAAGACAAACCUCAAAGUCUUCACAACAUAACAAUCACACAAGUAACAACAACAGUAACAAACAAUCGUUAUCAUCUUCUACCACCACUACAACAACCAACAACAACAACAAUAAUGGACAAGAUGGUAAUAAUAACACAAAGAAAGAAGAGAAAUUCUCAACUUGGUCAAAGAUGCAUCCAAAGGAGAUUCUCAGAUCUGUAUCAUCUGGUUUCUUGAUCAACAGUAACAAUAACAAUAAUAGCAAUAAUAAUCAAUCAAGUUUCUCAGUUCAAACACCAAAUUCACCACCAACCAAUCAACAACAAGAAACACCAGCAUAUACAUCAAAGAACAAUAAUCUCAAUAAUGGUGCGGAUGGUCAACAACAAAACAAAACUGAUUCACCAAAGCUUACCAAACAGAAUAGUAUUUCCAACUUUUUAAGCAAAAAGAAAGUCUUUUCAACUUUUGCACGUAAACCAAUGUCCAAUAGGUCUAAAUCUUUUGUUAUUUAA